AUGCUAUUCUCAACGUCCUUUCUGCUGUUCGCGUUUCCAGCGCUGGCGGUCGGCUGCAAGACUGCCAAUCACUCGGCACCAUGUGACCAAUGCCCAAAUCCUUCGCAGACACCGCCUUCGCCUCUGACUUUGGUCCAGGGCUAUUUCUAUUUCACGACCGAGGAUGGGUGCUCAAAGGCUGAAAAUGGCUGCCCUGUUGGAGGGAAUUUGAGACUGGAGACGGACCAGGGUGUGAUCACGAUCCCUCCCCCAGCUUCUGAAUCGCAAGAAUUGAAGUGUACGAGUGGGAAUUAUCGAACUGUUUACGAGGGAGUGUCGUAUAUCGUCACUGGAAAUAUUUGCUACACCACGGCUUGCGCCGCGUGCCCCACUCCAAACGUGGCCGCCGGGAUUACUGUAAAGACCCGCUACGAAGAAAAAUUCUACUGCAAACGGGCCCAAUUCUCCGGAUGCGCAAAUGGAUAUAAG